AUGCUGGCGGUGCAGCUCAAGCAGACGUCGCCCCUCGACGUGGCCAAGCCGCUGCGCAGCUACAUCGCGAAGGAGUACUCGGAGGCCGAGGCCGACAAGUUCACGGCCUCGCUCUCGGCGCUCGGCCAGAUGCGCAAGGACGUCGAGGCAGUCCGGACGCCGUCGCCCAUGUCUCGCCUCGUGCUCUUGCGCUACCACGCGCAGCUCGAGCUCCUCGAGACGCGGUUUCCGAUCGGCGACACGACGGUCAAAGUUCCGUUCACGUGGUACGAUUCGUUCUGCCCGCGCCAAAAGCUGACGCAGAACGCGGUCCAGUUUGAGCGCGACGCUGUCAUGUUUCUCGUCGGCGCGCUCGAGUCGCAGGCCGCGGUCAACUGCGACCGCAGCACCACAGACGGGCUCAAAGGCGCUUGCAACCAUUUUAUGGCGGCCGCGGGGGCCUUUGCCACGAUCCAAUCGUCGCCGACGACAGGCGCCCGCACGGUCGACAUGAGCAACGACGGUCUCUCGAUGCUCGUGAACCUCAUGCUCGCGCAAGCCCAGGCGUGCUUUUACGAAAAGUCGAUCAAGGACAAGAUGAAGGACGGCAUCAAGUCCAAGCUUGCGACGCAAGCCGUCGCGUUCUACGUCUCGGCGCUCGACUUUGCGAACGCGUCGACGACCAAGUCGGCGAUCGACCGCCUCUGGGCCGUGCACAUUGAGUUUCAAGUCAUGUGCAUGAAGGCUGCUGCGCAGUUUUGGCAAGCGAAAGCCUCCAAAGAGGCGGCGCUCGCAAAAGGCUCGGGCUACGGCGAAGAAAUCACACGCCUCGCGACCGCCGACGCGCUCUGCGCCCAAGCCAUUAGCCACGCGACCGAGAAGCGACUGCCGCCGUCGCUGCCCGCGUCGGUGCGGCAGCUCAAGGCCAUCAUCGUCGAGAGCCUUCAGAACGCCCGCAAGGACAACGACACGAUCUACAUGGAAACCAUUCCGAGACUGACGGACCUCCCGGUGCUCUCGGCCGCCGCCAUGGUCAAGCCGCAGCUACCCGAGAAGGAAAAGGUCGCCGACCUCUUUGAAGAUCUCGUGCCCACGUGGCUGCGUCAAAAGAUCACUGAGUUUGACGCGACGGUCCAGAGCCUCGUGAGCGCGUCGGCCGCGGCCGUCGCGUCGCAGAGCGAACAAGCGCGGUCCCACCUCGCCGUGCUCGGACUGCCGGCCGCCGUCGAAGCGUUCGAGAAGGGCGCGGGGCUGCCGCCCACGCUCUGGAAGCGCAUCGAAGCGUGCCGAGCGAACGGGCUCACGGCGCCGAUUGGUCGCAUCCUCGACGAAAACAAGCGCUCGAAAGCGCUCGCCGACGAGCAGUUGCGCCACAUUGAAAACCUCUUGCGGGACGAAGCCCAGGACGACUUGGCGGCCAAAGCAAAUUAUGGCGCCCAGUGGAACCGCGCGCCGUCUGCGAAUCUCAAUGCCGGUCUCUACGGGGACGUCGACCGGUACCACAAGCUCCUCCGCGACGCGGCGCAGUCGGACCUCGCGAUUGCCUCGUCGCUGCAGAAGCCCGAGCUGCUCAUGCUCGGCGAGACGCAGACCGAGCUGAGUGCCAAGAUUCCGCAGCGCGACGCCUCGGCGGCGACCGUCGACACGUCGAUUCUCUCAAAUCUCAUGGUGACGCUGGGCGUCCUCCUCCAAAAGCGGGACGAGAUGCAGGCCGAGCUCGCCGCCGAGGCUGCGGUGCCUGUCCACGUUGUCGCGACCGGAGCCGACGACGCACUCGGUGCCAAGCAGGCGCUUUUGGAGCAGAAGCGGUCGCUCAUUGAAGGCACGUUCUCCGAGCAAGCCGACUUGCUGAGCGACAUUACGGCCCGCAACGACCUCUUCAAGCAAGGCCGGCAGGCCGAUCCGAUCACGCGCCAGCGCGAGCAAGCGCUCAUGGACCUCCAGCGCGCGGUGGACCUGUACGAGCAGCUGCUCGGGAAUGCGACGGAAGGCGGCGCGUUCUACGCCGAGCUGUCGCAGAAGCUGCAGCUGCUCGAGCAAACUGUGACGGACCACUGCGCCGCGCGCGACCUCGAGAAGCGCGAGAUGGAGCUCAACUUGGCGCACGCGCCACGCCCCGAGGCCUCGAGCGACAACGACGCGCAGUUGGCGCGGCAGCUCCAACAAAGCGUGCACGUCUCGGGCAACGACCAAGUGGCCGCCGACGCGGCCUACGCUGCAAGCCUCGCGGGCGGGGCGCCACAAACGUUCACGCCCAACGCGCCGCCGCCGUCGCCCCCAGCGUAUCAACCGUCUUACGGCAACCACCACCCGGCGAACCCGUACCCGCCAGCGCGAGGCCCGUCGUACAAUGCUCCGCCGCCCCAGUAUCCCGGUAGCAGCCCGUACGGACAGCCGCCGCAGUAUGGCAACCAGUCGUACGGUGGUCCGCCGCCGCCAUCGUACCCGCCGCAACAAUCGAGUAGCUAUGCCCAGCCAAGCUACCCGAGCUACCCGCAGCAGUCGCACCAACCCGGCUAUCCGCAGCAAGGCUACCCGCAGCAGCAAGGCUACCAAGCGCAGCCGGGGUACCCGGGCCAGUACGCAGCGCCGUACGGCCACCCGCAACAACCGCAGCAGCCUGGACCGUAUGCGCCAGCGUAUGGCAACUACCAGCAGCAGCCAGGUGGACGCAAUCAUUACGUUUGA